GGAGGUGAAUUCCUGGAGAUAAGAUAAAAGCAUCAUAGUAAAAAUCAAUGCCUUAUGAAUCAAGCAUUUUUUCUUUUUAGCAUGGGACUGAGGGAGAACAUAAGGACAGCCCUGCUGGAUCAGGCCCAAGGUGGCCCAUCUAGUCCAGCUUCCCAUAAUAGUAGCCCACCAGAUGCCACUGGGGUCUGGGGAGCCCACAGGCAAGAGGUGAGGGCCUGCCCUCUCUCCUGUUACUCCCCUGCAACUGGUACUCAGAGGGAUCCUGCCUCUGAGGCUGGGGGUGGCCUGUAGUCCUCUGCCUAGUAGCCACUGAUAGACUUCUCCUCCAUGAAGUUAUCCAAACCCCUCUUAAAGCCAUCCAGCUUGUUGGCUGUCACCACAUCUUGUGGCAGAGAAUUCCAAAAGUUGCUGAUGCAUUGUGUGAAAAAGUACCUCUAUUUGCUGGUCCUAAAUUUCCUGACAGUCACUUUCAUGGGAUAGCCCCUGGUUCUAGUGUUAGGUGAGAGGGAGAAUAAUUUCUCUCUCUCCACCUUCUCCACACCAUGCAUGAUUUUAUAGACUUCUAUCAUGUCUCCCCUAGUGGUCUUUUUCCUAAACUAAAAAGUCCCGGGUGAUUAAUCGCCACCUCCCUGCUGCUCUGUGUACGCUGCAGCUCUCCCUUCCUACUCCCAAGAAUGCAUUUCCCUAACAAAGGCACCCAGCCGCGGCCGCCUAUAGCGACUGGCUCCAACCCAAGGGAAGGGUUAGUUGCAGGGCGCCUGCGCAGAUGGCAGGUGAGCCGGAAGAGAACUCGACCCGCCAUGUUGAGAGGGUCUUAGUGCUCCCCGAGCCCUUGCGCCUGCGCAGGUGGGCCUGGUGGGAGGGGAGUGGCUGCUGGCGCUCUCUAGGAAGAGCCUUGCGGUGCUCUCCACUAGCCCGGCUGCUUCCCUUUUCUGCUCGUCCGCUCUUCGGACUUCUGCGAAGCCCGGACGCGUCACCGAGGAGGUGUCCGGGACGGCAAGUGACAGGUGGGAGAGUGAGGAAGAGGCGGGAAGGCCCCAUCUGGGAUUGUUCAGAGGGAUUGGAUGGGGAAAGAGGGAACAAGAGAGAAGGAAGAUUAAAGCAAAGCAGGACGACAGUCUUCCCUGUAAGUAGGAAAACUUUCAGUUCUGAACCAAGCCUUCAACCUCAGUUGGAAAUGGACACAAGAGAGAAACCCUAUAAAUGCUUGGAGUGUGGAAAGAGAUUCAGCAGCAGUGGAGAUCUUAUCAGGCAUCAAAGAAUCCACACUGGAGAGAAACCAUAUAAAUGUUUGGAGUGUGGAAAGAGUUUCAGUGAAAGUGGAUCACUUACUGUGCACCAAAGAACCCACACUGGAGAGAAACCAUAUCAGUGCUUGGAGUGUGGAAAGAGCUUCAGCAGCAAUGGAAGUCUUACUAUACAUCAAAGAAUCCACAGUACAGAGAAACCUUAUAAAUGCUUGGAGUGUGGAAAGAGCUUCAGUGUGAGUUACUGCCUCAUCUCACAUCAAAGAACCCACAGUGGAGAGAAACCAUAUCAGUGCUUGGAGUGUGGAAAAAGUUUCAGUGUGCUUGCUUCCUUCACUUUACAUCAAAGAACCCACAGUGGAGAGAAACCAUAUCCGUGUUUGGAGUGUGGGAAGAGCUUCAGUGUCAGUGGAGAUCUUCUCAGGCAUCAAAGAAUCCACACUGGAGAGAAACCAUACCACUGCUUCAAGUGUGGAAAGAGCUUCAGCAAGAGAGAAUCACUUAUCUUGCAUCAAAGAACUCACACUGGAGAGAAACCAUAUCAGUGCUUGGAAUGUGGAAAGCGCUUUAGUGGGCGUUCAGCUCUCACUUCACAUCAAAGAACUCACACUGGAGAGAAGCCAUAUACGUGUUUGGAGUGUGGAAAGAGCUUCAGUGACAGUGGGAAAUGUAGCAGACAUCAAAGAACCCACACUGGUGAGAAACCAUAUCACUGCUUUGAGUGUGGAAAGAGCUUCAGCCAAAAUGCACAACUUACUGUGCACGAAAGAAGCCAUACUGGAGAUAAACCCUAUAAAUGCUCGGAGUGUGGAAAAAGCUUCAGCCAGAGUGGAAAUCUUACUGAACAUGAAAGAACCCACACUGGAGAGAAACCAUAUCGGUGUCUGGAGUGUGGAAAAAGUUUCAGCAAGAAUUCAAAUCUUACCAUGCAUCAAAGAAUCCACACUGGGGAGAAACCGUAUAAAUGCUUGGAGUGUGGAAGCUGCUUCAGUAACAGUGGAUCACUUAGCGUGCAUCAAAGAAUUCACACUGGAGAGAAACCACUUGAAUGCUUGACGUGUGGAAAGAGCUUCAGAACAUAUGGAGGCCUCAAUCAGCAUCAAAGAACCCACACUGGAGAGAAACCAUAUCAAUGCUUGGAGUGUGGAAAGAGCUUCGGCCAAAGUUCACAACUUACUGUGCAUCGAAGAACCCACACUGGAAAGAAACGAUAUACAUGCUUUGAGUUUGGAAAGUGCUUCAGCCAGAGCACAAAUCUUACUAAAGAUCAAAGAACCCACAGUGGAAAUUGUGAUUUAAUGGGGGGUUGUUCUGCUAUAGAAUUCCAGUUAGUAAAUACUAAUUGACUUGACAAAGCCAUUUUACUUAGAUUACACUUCUAGGAAAGUUCAAGAUAUUCAAUAUAUGCAAUUUUAAUGCACUUGCAAAAGGGAAGUAAAAGAAUUUAAAUGGCUAGGAUUUCAUCUUCAAACAUUAUUCAUUUUCUUGUAUAAUGACCAUAUAUGGUAAACUUGAAUCAUAGUACAUUUGAAUCUGAGAAAAAUCUUCUGCUUUUCUAGGGCAUUAUGUUGUUUUGUAAUUAUUGAUCUGAUUGUUGAGUGUUCAAAACCCACUGAGAACAAUAAGUUAAAAUAUGAUGAUUAAUUCAGAAUUUCUGCUUCAAAAACUCCUCCGUCUCAGCUGCAAGGGCUUCGACAGGCAGAACAAAGGGGAGGCCUAAUCCAGAAUGUUAGACCCAAAGCCAAGACCUAAAAGGCCUCUUGGCUUUUCUUUCUUUUCUUUUCUUUUUGCCCCACUCCACCACCUAAGUUCCUUUUAGCUCCGCAGUUCCUCAGCACCUCAAGGAAAUCAGCACUUACACUUUCAGAGCUUCUUAGGAAGGAUGAUGCCUCCCAAGCAAAUCCUCUGAAAUUCCACAAGACUUGCUCCCAGUUCUCUAGAAAUAGGGCCUUUAAAAAGCCCCUGCCAACUGAGCAAAGAGGCACCUUUCAGUGUGGUGGUUCUCUUAUAUUUAUCAGCGGGGAGAGCAACUGGCCCUCUCCAACCCCAGCACAGCAUCCCUCCAGUGGCUGUCACUGGUGUUUACCUUCUAUUUCUUAUUUAGAUCGUAAGCCCUUUGGGGACAAGGAACCAUCUUAUUUAUUUAUUCCUUUACUAUGUAAACCGCUUUGGAAACUUUGUUGGAAAGAGGUGUGUAAAUAGUCUUAGUAUGAUUCAUAUUAAAGCAACCUCACUUGAA